ACGUUAACAAGGACAAGUAAAGAUGGAUGAAAGAAGUAUAUAUAGUCCUUUUUACGGAAGAAAGAAAUAAGAAAAGGGGAAGAAGAAAAGAAAGAAGGGAGUAUUAAUGGUGAAGAUUGUAUGGUAGGCAGAGGCAGAUAGAAAUAUUGAAAGGAGAUUAAGCAAGGUGCAAUAAAAGGUGCGUGGGAGUGGGGAUUGUUGAGAAGACGGAUAGGUUUGUAUGAUUUAGUAUUAUUCUUCUACCCCAUAUUAACUACGAAACUUUUUCAUCAUUGUAAAAAACAAUGUUUAUCUCUUUUGACUGUCCAUUUAUAUACUGCAUGUUCUCAAUCAUCAUGAGCCUCAUUUAGGGCUGUCUCUCUGCAGAAUUGUUCAUAAAUUUUCCUUCAACCACCUCUCUUCCCUCUGCAUUUACUUUGUAGAUGUUUCAGUAGAGGUCAUUUUCUCUUCUAUUAAGACAAGGAGUUGUUUUUCUACUAAUGGUGGUGUAGUUUCUUUUUUUCUCUUUCCUUUUUUCCCACUCAAAGUUGUUUCUUCUUGGCACUGAAUGAAAUAUGGGCAGUGUUGUUAGAAUCAGGAAGAGAAAAAAUUAUCUACUCUUGCUUUUUUCUUUCUUCUUUCUUCUCAUGUCACAAACGACAUCGUCCCAAGCAUAUAAUUUGUUGAACUAUACAAAGUAUAGACAAGUCAGCAAUUUGAGACUUGAAAGGAUUCAAAGGCACUUGGAGAAAAUUAACAAGCCUCCUGUCUUGACCAUUCAGAGCCCAGAUGGAGAUAUUAUAGAUUGUGUUCAUAAAAAAAAACAACCAGCUAUGGAUCAUCCUCUUCUCAAGAAUCACAAGAUUCAGAAAGUUCCACCAGAGAUUCCAAAGCUGAAAAAGUCGGUGAAAACAGACACCAUCAUGAGUCGACACGUCGUAAGUAACAAUAGCAAAAGUGCAGUAGAUUGGCAACUGUGGCACCAAAAUGGGCAGCGCUGCCCUAAAGGUACCGUUCCGAUACGGCGGAGUGAGGUGCAUGAUGUGCUCAGAGCAAAGUCUUUGUAUGAUUUCGGCAAGAAAAAACGCCAUGGAUUACCUCUCGCUCGCCGUUUUGAUGCUCCUGAUGUUGUUAGUGGCAAUGGCCAUGAGCACGCAAUAGCAUACACGGGAGGGUCGGAAGAGAUAUAUGGCGCAAAAGCAACCAUAAACGUGUGGGAGCCAUCAAUAGAAGUGGUGAAUGAGUUCAGUCUCUCUCAGAUUUGGGUUCUGUCUGGAUCUUUUGACGGCUCUGAUCUUAACAGCAUUGAAGCUGGCUGGCAGGUUAGUCCGGAGCUGUAUGGUGACAGCAGACCUAGAUUAUUUACAUAUUGGACGAGUGAUUCCUACCAAGCAACAGGAUGCUACAACCUACUAUGUGCAGGAUUUGUCCAAACAAAUAGCAGAAUAGCCAUUGGUGCUGCCAUUUCUCCUGUUUCUUCCGUCGAAGGAAGUCAGUAUGAUGUCACUAUACUCAUUUGGAAGGAUCCAAAGCUAGGGAAUUGGUGGAUGGUGUUUGGUGAUAACACACUAGUGGGUUAUUGGCCCGCAGAGUUAUUUACGCACUUAGCGGAUCAAGCGACGAUGGUGGAGUGGGGAGGAGAGGUAGUAAAUUCACGGGCCAACGGAGAACAUACAUCCACUCAAAUGGGUUCAGGCCAUUUUGCUGAUGAUGGGUUUAGGAAAGCAAGCUAUUUCAGAAAUCUUGAAAUUGUGGACUCUGAUAAUAGUCUCAGCUCAGCCCAAGACAUAUCAAUCUUAGCUGAGAACACUGAUUGCUAUAAUAUCAAAAGUGCUUAUAGCAGUGAAUGGGGUACCCAUUUCUAUUAUGGAGGCCCUGGCAGAAAUCCACGCUGCAACUAAUGUUAUGAGGCAAUGUCUCUUCCGAUCACCAAUUUGUUCUUUUAUUAUUUUACAUCUUUUGUGCUAUUUCCAACUUUGUUUAUGCUAAUUAAUUUCACAUUGUUUUUCUUUUU